UGUAUUUCCAUUGUUAGAGCGGUCACUCGAAUAUCUUGUCAAUAUAAUAGACAAUCCUUGGUUACCUGCGCUCAGUUUGUGAACGCCUGUGAUUGGACGAUAUUGCAGUUGCCGCGCUCUGUAGAUUUUUGGCCUGGUCAUCAGUCAUCUAUCCCUACCACAAUGGUGUUCGCAAAGAGGGAAAGGAGUCCACUCACAUGGUAUACAGAUCGGUAUUAAUACGAAGGCGUCAGUCGGUAUUUGAAACCCUGUGUAGCGUUGCUUCGAAAGAGCUGUGAUGAAAAUACUAGAGAAUAGGUCUUUGUCUUCAAUAAUGAUUUGCAUUCUAUGUCGGUGUGGGUAAAUUUAGAGCAACCGUUUGCAUAAUUAGUCUAAAUUUGUGACGCGCGCUGUUACCGUGCGGUGCUUGAGGUCUGCACCUGUUCACUGACAUGCUGAAGCCCGUGGUGAGUGCUCCAUCCGCGUAGGAAACAUCACUUUUUGACAUUUUAAAUCCUUUUAUUUGCAUGAACUAGAUAGCGCGAUAUUUCUGCCGAGUAUUUACCGUAAGGUCUGGUUUAGCAAUUAUUAGGAAUUAUGCCGUGUAGACAAGCGAACGGCUUUGUUCAGACCAGUGAUAACAGCCUUUAGUUUCAUAAGGCGACGUUGGGGACAUUCUGUGAAGGCAAGGCGCUAUAGAUCGCCAUAGUGUGUGCAGUUCCGCGAUGCUCGGCCAGUCACCUCACCUUAUUGGAGGCAUCUUGUGGAUCCAGAAUCCAAUGAGAGCUGUCCACUGCAACCUGAGCCAGAAUGGGAUGGACCACCAGAUGUGCCCGGACGAUGUGACCUCUCACCUGGAGGAGGAGCCUCUGGACCAGGGCGCCAUGCUGGACGACGACAGCCCCACCUAUCAGGACGUGAGCCCCGGGUACCAGCGCCGCUCACCGCCCCAGCGCUCCGUCUCCGAGUCAGAACUCUCACGUUCGGGGAACGUAAAGCUGUCCAAGCCGGUGGCCCUGUGGACCCAGCAGGACGUGUGCAAGUGGCUGAAGAAGCACUGCCCCAAGCAGCACCAGAUCUACAGCGACGCCUUCAAGCAGCAUGACAUCACAGGACGGGCUCUGAUGAGAUUGACGGACAGGAAGCUGGAGCGAAUGGGCAUCAUGCAGGAGGGCCAACGGCAGUACAUCCUCCAGCAGGUCCUGCAGCUCCGCGUCAGAGAGGAAGUCCGAACCCUGCAACUACUCACGCAAGCCUCUCUGGAGUGUUCUCCGUAGCCCGGGCGUUCCAGGACACCAGCUGCCAAAAGGACCCAGUCUCCCUCGGACCUCCUACAUCUGACCCCCUCCCACCACCAAUCAGAGCUGUCCUGACGCCAACCUUAAUUCUAACUCCAAUCUUAACCCCAUGCUUAGUCCCAAAACCUCAAACCUUCACACAAGUAAAUUCAUUGGCUUGUCCAGUGACUUAUCACAGACAUUCUAUCACUUUCUUGCCGUUAACCAAGCAUUUCCACUACAUUUGUCCCUAUGCCAUUCCAACUCUCCUACCCCUUCUGAAGCGCCACUAGCCCAGGACAUUCUGAGAGCAAGCAUUAAGAGCUGGAGAACUUAUCAACCCUCAACCGACGAUCCAACUACAAAGACUGUGGAGAACAACGAUAAAACACACAUGUCAAAUAUGGCAUUAACUUGAAAAAAAACUUCUAUGUUAAUUCCUCCAUGUCUGUCCUAUGUGAAUACAACCCCCAAGAUACGCCACUGAGCCGGUGUGUAACAUUCUAUUGACUUCUAAUGGUGACUUAAAAGACAUAUUGGGUACACCAGCCUUUCGCUCUUACCCUCUGUCUUCUUUCUCUCGGUAUCUCUCGCGCUCUGUCCUCACUGACUAUAUCGGUGCAGCGAGAGGGUGACACAUUUUGCACUUCUAUAUGUUCCCUUUCUCCUUCACUCUCUCUCCCUCUUUUUCUGACUGUUGUCUGCAUUAAUUCUGUGCAUUGUCAGUGUCUGGGCUUGCCUGGUGAAAAUAUUGUCUCUGUUGUCCUAUCUGUGUGUCCUCUGCCCUGCACCACUCUCUCCCUCCUUCACUUUGUGGGUCGCUCUCUCAGCGCAGUCAGCAAACCCAUCCAUGUGAGAGAACUUCACUGUGAAUACAUCCAGGUGUGGCAUGGAGAGAGAACCAGGGAAAAAUAAAUGACUGAUAACCUACAUGGGACAAUUGCUGGGUUGAGAGAUGUGGUUGAGAGAGAACCAGGCAAGUGCUUCUCUACUGAUGAAGAGAACAUAAAGAAGAAAAAGAUCACUGAAGACUCCCCCUUCUCCAUUUUAAAUAUCAGCUAUAUUGAAAAUAGUGUAGAAAGGAAAAUGUACCAUGUGCAAAAAAAACGAACCAUCCAAUGUCUGUCAGAGACAUGGCAUUUAUCUCCCUCAUUGUUUUAUGACAAACUAACUCUUUGCUGUAACUGUUAAUGUGAAAUGGCCAUUCACUGUUAAUAUAAAGGCUUUUUACUGUACUUAGAAGCACAUGGAGCUGUCAUGCCAACUAUCCCGUCAUUGCUUGGGCCAUCGUCCCCUAUAUGUGUGUGUUUUCAAACCCUGUAGCCAGUAAUGAACUAUUUCCUAUUACCCAUGUAUCACUACCACUGUAGCAUGACCUAUUGUCACCAUCACAACAACUUCCUCCCUGUGAAUGGGAAUAAAUGGGGAUCCCCCCCCCCCAAAAAAAUAAAUGGCUGUCAAGAAAUGAAAGUAGGGGAAUUCCAGCCCUGGAGAGCCAUUGGUUUAGCUGAAUUUAAUUGCAACAUUGGGUCUUGUGUUACGAGUGUCCAUUGUUUGGAUUGGAGCUUGGCUUAUGCUGUGUAGUUGGUGGUUGGCCCAUUAGUAGCAAAUUUAAUAGUAUUGAUUAAACCUUCAGGACUGUGUAGACCUACAGGCCUGGAAUAGCCCAUCCCUGACAUUGGAGAGGUAAGGAAUGCUGAUACUUACAGUCACAUGGGAUGAAGUCGUUCUUAGCUAAACACAAGUGGCUAUUUCAUGCUUCGGUGGAGAUCUGGUGUCAGUGUCUCUCUUGGCCAGUGGGGGCUGCCUGCCCUGCCUGCUUCCAGUUGGGAGACUUGGCACCUUCUUUUCACAUCAUCUGGAUGUCGAUAGCCGAACUGGGAGAAGCAGUCUACAGUAUUAACCCAAGGCAGUGUUUGGAUAAAGAAAAAACCUCCUGGAACUGUAACAUGGGCAGCUCCUUCCUGACAACUAUAACUUGGCUGUAACGUAAUUAUUUAGUAAAGGAAGUAUGAUGACUUUGUAUAUUGUAGCUCACCAUGUGACUUUCAGGGCAUUUCGAACCUGGGUCUUGUUCAUUAGGGCACACCGGAACCAAAUGUUUUGCAACGGAAAACAAGACCGAGCGUUUCUUAUUGGACAAGUCCAGGUAGUCCCUCCAUGUUUGAACCCAUUUUCUCCCGUUUGGUGCCUAAUGCACAUGACCAUGCCAGCUCUGCCAAGGUGCCCGAGGACUUGCCUGAACUGGCUCUUUCCACAAUCCCCUGAUACAUUUUUUACGCUUUUGGAAUUUAUUCAUUAGCACUGUUGCUCAAGAGAAACCUUAUACUGAGCCUCACUUUCUUAUUGCACAAGACAAACCUUAGUACAUCACCCACACAUACAUGCAAAUGGAAGCAGACUUACAAGGAAUUAUGUGACUACACAGUCAGACAUUACAUUCACAGGUGUAUAUACAUACAUAUGCCUAUAUUAUGCACGCACAAACACGCAUAGGACACAUACACAUUAGCACACUUAAACUAAUACAACUGUUAAAGGGAUAGUUUGGGAUUAUGUUUCCGAGUCCAGUAUAAAGGAAGUUAGUAUUGGCUCGUGAAACUACCUCUAACUAGUUUAGGGCAAAGACUACAACCUAUCCCUUUACAGUUUUUCUCAAUCGCGUACAAGCAGUUUUUGUGUCUGUGUUGGAACAUCUAUAGCAGAAAACCGCAAUGAUGAAACGCUCAAAUACAUUUACAGAACUUCUGGUCAUUUUCAUGCCUUAAUACCUGACUUGCAUAUCUUAGACCACCAUUUGCAAGACGUUUAAUACAAAUGUCAUCAGUGAAUACAAAAUGUACUGUUAUGUUUUCUGUUCACAUAAUAUAACACAAUUACGGCCCUGCUUACACUAUAGCCGUCUGGCGUUGCCAUCAGCUGUUGAGAAAAGGCUUCCUUUGAAAUCGAUGAAAGCUGCAUCACGUCCAAUGGCAGCGUCCAAGCAUCGCCAUGGUUAAAUUGUUGGUGGCUGAUGCGCGAGUUCAUUCUAUCUUGUGAAUUGAAAUCAUGAGAAAUAAAGUUGAUUUUGGUUGCAUAUGGCUUUGACUAUACACCACUGGUUAUUUUACUAAGAUGUAUUAAGUUAAGAAGCUACGACUAGCUAGCUACAUUGACUAGCUAGGUUCACAAUGUAAACAAAAGCAACUUCCGUAAUAAGAGAACAGAGAAUCAUUUAAUACAACUACUAGGAACAAGUUAAUCAGUACUUCUGAAAAACUGGACACAUGAUAUUGUACUUAGGCAUAAUUGAUGAAUACGGAACUGUACAUUUGGGGGAAAUAUAAUAAAGCCGCUCUUCCCCUCUGCUCCUCUUCGCUCUCAAAACAACGCUCUAUGUGACGCGACGCUGAUGGCCCAGUGUCAUACCAUGUAGCCCUAAAAUAUAUGGAAAGAUCUAGAUGACUGUUGGGACUGUCUAGUUGUUAUGACAUUAUUUUGGACAAUAUUGCAGACAUUCAGAGAUGCACAUAAUGAAGUAAUCAUGUGACCUUCCACGGUAGAGCUUUGCUUUGGUGUGUGUGGAUUGAGGCCUAUUCAUAUCAGUUGUCUUCCUCCAUUGUAUUCACCUGAACCCAAUGGAAAGUCUGCAAAACAAUGAACAAACCAGCCUUUGUAUUGGGUACAUGGAAUUGGAUUGGGAUGAUACUGAUGAAUGAAUCGUGUGCACACAAUAGGCUUUUUUAUCAGGAAAAUUUGAUGAGUAUGAAAUUGUUUGGUGAAAUAUGCAUAAAAGGACAGUAAUUGCCCAUAAUUCUGCACCUUUGGAUAGUUGUACUUCUAAUUUUGAUCAUCAUGAUUUUGUGACUGUAAAAGAUAAGUAUGGUAGCGUUAAUCUUUCUGUAGGCAGUAGUGUUCUUUUGAUGAAUCUAUUAGCAAUGUUGAUGGUAGGCUACAAUAUCAUUUUGAUGAAAGUGUUUACGUUUUGAGAAGGCAUUUUACUGUUUUCCAAAAGUCCACAGAGUUCUGUGUCUUGUGAACUCUGUUUUGAAAAUCGACAACAUUGUUCCAAAAAAUGCUUGAAAUCGAUUGAGAAAAACGAAUGUAUGAUUUUUGGCCAGUUUGACACCAUGUUUUUUUUAAACUUUCUGGUGUUUUUUGUAUCAAACAGGCAUGCAGACCAAGUCUUCAGCCCCCCCCCAACCAUCUAUAUAUAGGUUGCCUAAUCAUGGAUAUCAAUGAAAUAUUAUAAAUAUCUUAAUAAAUCUAUUAACCUGUA